AUGUUAUUUGCAAGCAGCUUUCCUAAAGAGAAAGGGAAAGAUGAUGGGAAAUUGUCCUUGGAAGAAUUCCAGGCCUUCUUUUCCGAUGGGACUCUUAAUGAGGAGGAGUUGGAAAAACUCUUCCACACCAUCGAUUCUGACAACACCAGUAACGUGGAUACCAAGGAGUUGUGUGAUUACUUUGCUGACCACAUGGGAGAUUAUGAAGAUGUGUUGGCAUCACUGGAAACACUCAAUCUCUCCAUUCUGAAGGCCAUGGGCUACACAAAACGGGUCUACGAACGAGGAACAAAUGUGGACCAGUUUGUGACCCGUUUCCUGCUGAAAGAGACGGCCAAUCAGAUUCAGUCCUUGCUCAGCUCAGUGGAAAGUGCUGUGGAUGCCAUUGACGAACAAACCAGUCAGAUCAGACACAUCCACAGUAAAUCUGGCCACAAUGCCAUGGAUAGUUGGUAUGACAAUCCCGUCUCUAGUUAUUCUCCCAAUAACAGAAUCCUGACUAAAGAACGCAGGAAAAGUUUCCAGACUGCAUCUUCAGACACCAAGGAGGAAUGCUUGGAAGCACAAAUCAACAGGUUAGCAGAGUUGAUCGGAAGGCUGGAAAACAAGACUCUUUGGUUUGACCUGCAUCAACGGCUGUCAGACAGCGAAAACACGGCGUGUUAUCUUCUCUUGGUACGGAGUGAAAUGACAGUUUCUCAGAAGCACCUGGGAGAAUUCUGUGCCUCCCUUAAGCAGUACUUGAAGACUGUGGCCGGAGAACAGGACUGCUUCCACGUCACCGCAGUCAGGCUUCCUGAUGGGGUCACUUUCAUUGUUUACGAGUUCUGGGAGAAUGAGGAAGACUGGAAAAGACACCUCCAGAGUCCUGUCUGUAAAAGCUUCCAGCAUGUAAAAGUGGAUACGCUGAAUCAGCCAGAAGGAGUUUCCAGCGUGUCGGUGCCAGCUGCCUGGUGCACCCUCAACCGGGACUGA